GCCACCGCCGCCGCCGCUCUUACCGCUCUUACCGCCGCCGCCGCCGUCGCGAGUGCUACACACACACACACACACACAAACGCGCGCGCUCAGUUCGCCGCGCUCGUACAGCCGACGUUUUUCCGGCCCGGCGUCUUGAGACGUCGCUCAGUCUCAAGACUACUCUGACGUCGCGAACACCUUAGGUGCCCGACUCCCGAUUUAUGCGUACACGCACGCACAUAUAAUAUACAUCUCUGCGACACUCCGAUAGUAUAUAAUAUCGUAUACUGCAAGUGUCGCGAACGCAGGUCGCAAUACUAUUUUACGCACGAUUUGAAGGAAAAAUUUAUUUUUUCUCUUUCCGUAAUCGUGUAGUUGUACAGAUCGAGUGAAUUGCUUCCGGCCGAAUUUUACGCGCGUCAUGUGCAACCAAUACUGUUAUUACUACUUCCGCUGCCACCACUGUGUCUGAUCAUCGUUUGGACACGUGAGCGAAUAAAGAGAAAAAUAUAUCAUCAAAUUGUUUCACAUCAGUCAAGACGAUCUCUUCGGUCCCGCUGGAUCUUCGCGCCUCGCCCGGCCACGAACACCUGCAGGGCGACGACGACGACGAAAUGUCGGCGGACAUACAACAGCAACAGCAGUCCGUGUUGUUGCAACGGCCCGUGUUCAAGAUGAACCCGGCCGCAGAUUUCUGGCAGCAACAGCGGCAACAGUACCAGCAGCAGCAGCAACUCCAGCAGCAACAGCAGCAGCAGCAGCAACAACAGCAGCAGCAGCAACAGCAACAGCAGCAACAACAACAGCAACAGCAACAACAGCAGGCGGUUGAUUCUUCGCCUUCACCACAACCUCAGGCGGCGCCACCACCGCCCACGCUGCAACUCAACCAUGACCAACAGCAAGUUCCAUCGUCCAUCAGUGCAGUCGGACAACAACAGCAGCAAACGCCGAACAACGUACAGGUGACUGCUGACGAGGCGAUCGCCAUAGUCGCUCAACAAGUCGCACAACACCAACAACGACAACAACAACAACAAACGCAAAAUGUCGAGAUGACCGACGACACAGACGUAAUCGYCGGACAACCGUCACCGGCGGCUAUCCGCGCUGCCGUCCAGCAACAACAGCAGCAGGACUCGUCUUCAGCCACAGGACUGGCCGGACAACCAACGGUUGCGGGCGACCCGUCGGUAUCCGUCGUUAUCAAUCAAAAUAAUUCUCUCGUGUUGAGCGACCCAAAAAUGAUGACCGAAAAACUGGUCAGCGAAUUACAGAACCGAUCGAUAUCAGACCGCACUCUUGAAGAAUGCUGGUCUACUCUUCAGCGAGUCAGCUGGAACGUCUUUCGUUCAAUAUUCAUGCAAAAGUCGGCGGCCAUGCAGAUGCAGGCUCGCGACUUCGGCCGGCCGGGCAGCAUCGGUGGUAGUUCGUUAAGUGGCAGUGGCCUGGAAGUGAGCAAACCGCACCAGUGCCAGCAAUGUCUCAAGUCGUUCAGCUCCAAUCACCAGCUGGUCCAGCACAUUCGCGUGCACACCGGCGAGAAGCCGUACAAGUGUUCCUACUGCGAGCGGCGAUUCAAACAGCUCAGCCACGUCCAACAGCACACCAGACUACACACAGGAGAACGACCUUACAGAUGCCACUUGGCCGAGUGCGGACGAGCUUUCAUACAGCUGUCCAAUCUACAGCAACAUCUCCGCAAUCACGAUGCCCAAGUGGAGAGGGCCAAAAACCGGCCGUUCCACUGCACCAUCUGCGGCAAAGGUUUCGCCACCGAGUCCAGUCUGCGCACCCACACAGCUAAGGAACAUUUUUUUUAUUUUCAGGAAGCUGAACUUCGCAUGGACGUGCUCCAGCAGCACGCCGCCUUGAUGGGCGGUGCGAGCACUACGUCUUGUCCGCUGUGCCAUAAAUUGUUCCUAGGUAGCGAGUCACUGGUCGAACAUAUGAAAGUCCACCACAACGAUCCGACCACAGUGUCACAGGCCGUCGUACAAAGUUACUCAGAUGUCGGUACUGGUCCGUACAUGGCCAAACGUAGAACGGCCAACCAUCCCUGUCCUGUGUGUGGUAAACACUACGUGAACGAGGGAAGUCUGCGUAAACAUUUGGCUUGCCAUCCGGAAACAGCUCAGUACGCCCAGCUAAGGAUGUGGCCGUGUUCUGUUUGCCAAGCCGUAUUCACCCACGAAUCAGGCCUGCUAACACAUAUGGAACACAUGCGCAUGGAUCCCAAGCAUCAGUUUGCUGCGCAGUACGUUCUGAGCAGAGCGGCUGCUGAACGCAGAGAACGAGAAAACUUCCUAGCCGCUGUGACGGCCACCAACAGCAUGGGUGGCCCCGCCUCACCUCAUUCUGUUCACUCAGAUUCGUCCUCAUCGAACAACGGCGAAGUGGACGGUCCCAGUGGAGCUGGUUCUACAGGUUCAGUUGGCACUGGCACCAAUAAUUCUGUGGUUGCUGCGGUGGCCGCGGCUGCAGCGGCAGCUGCGGCAGGCGGUAACGUCGUUGUUCCAACGGGUGGCCGGCUAUCUGUCUCACCAGCCGACAACCAAAUUCCGUUAGUGUUGCAUCACAACAACAACAACACGACGACAAACAACAACAAUAAUAACAACAACAAUCCUACGGCGAUUAAGUUGGCUGAGCUAAUGGCCGCUAGAACUGGAGGCAUGAUUAGUGGCAAUGGAGGUCACCAAUACAUGAACCAGCAACCUCAGUACAACGCCAAUGAUCUUCAAAGAGCUGCUGCAUUAUUCAUGAGCCAGCAGCAGGCCCAUGCUGCUGUAUCACAGGUUCAACAGCAACAGCAGCAACAACAACAGCAACAACAACAGCAGCAGCAGCAGCAGCAACAACAACAGCAGCAGCAGCAGCAACAGCAACAACAGCAACUUCAGCAGAACCCACCAUCGCCGUCACACUCACCGCGAUCUGCACCUCCAACCCCGGCGUCUGUAGUCCAAGCGGCCGCGGCCAAUCUUGCUGCGGCGGCCAUGCGCAUCACCCAGUCUAAUGCCAUGCACCAAAACCCAUUGGUUACCACUUCCAGUGGUUCCGGUUCAAACUCGUCAGUAAACUCGAUGCAAUCAGCYGUCCAGAUGGCCAUGAACGCAGCCGUUCGGGCUUCCAUGUCGUCCAUGGUUGACGGUCUCGGUGGUGGACACCACCAGCAGUCCGGUCACCAGUCCAUGCUCCACCACCACCAACAGUCCAACCACGAGCAGAGCUCACCGACGUUACGGAUGCAGGAAGCCAUACUUAGGUCUCAAGCGGAGGCAGCGCUCAGGUUGGCCGUCUCGCAAGCCGUAGCCGCGUCAUCCGGCCAGCAACAGGUACCUGAACAAAACCGACAGUCGUCGGUACAACAGCAGAACGCGCAUCAGACACAGCAGAACGUAGCCAUCAACUACAACGCCAUGGCACAGGGGCAGUUGAUGAACGGACAGAAUCCUUACCACCACCAAGGCCAAGUGUCGCCUGACCUGUCCGAGGCGCUAAGGCUUCAGGAACAACGGCUCGAACAGGCACUUAGGCUACACGGCGGUGACCCAAGGGCUCUGGGCUUCACUUUUGGUAACACCCAACAGGGUCAUAUUAACCCAUGAGAGUUCAGUUACUAUUAACGAUGAGGUCCUCUAAGCCCUUCCCCUUACCCRUCCCCUCACAAGCUACCCAUCCACUCCCAAACUAACCAUCCACCAUCGUCAGUCACUGACAUACUAUUAUAUUAUUAUGCUAUUGUCGUCAUCCACCAACACCGCCACCACUACCACAUCCAUCUCCUAAAGCUCAAAGGCAGACCUGCUGCAGCGCGCGCACAUGAUUAUUUAUUAUUAUUGUAAUUACGAUAUUUAUUUAUUAUUAUACCUUUACUAUACUAUUAUAUUAAUUAUUA